UCCGGUCGUAAGGGAGAGUCCUGGGACCUUGAGCUGCGCGCAGGCAUGAGCUGGUGGCGUGGUGUGUUGCGCUCAGUUUGGAGCGCCUUGUCCAAGGAAGUGAGGGAGCACGUGGGUACGGACCAUCUGGGGAACAAAUACUACUACGUCGCCGAGUACAAGAACUGGAGAGGGCAGACUAUUCGAGAGAAAAGGAUUGUAGAAACAGCGAGCAGAAAGGAGGUAGACUAUGAAGCAGGAGACAUCCCAACCGAGUGGGAAGCAUGGAUUAGAAGAACACGAAAGACUCCACCUACUAUGGAGGAAAUACUAAAGAAUGAAAAAUACAGAGAAGAAAUUAAAAUAAAAAGCCAAGAAUUUUAUGAAAAAGAAAAACUUGGUAAAGAAACGAGUGAAGAACUCUUGCCUUCAUCUACUGCAACUCAAAUUAAAGGGCAUGCCUCUGCCCCGUAUUUUGGGAAGGAAGAACCCUCAGUGACUCCCACCAGCACUGGCAAAACUUUUCAGCCAGGAUCCUGGAUGCCAGAAGACAGCAAAAGACAAAGUCAAUGAAUGCACUGUGGUAAAGUCAUAUCAUUUGUAAGGAUAUGGCUAUUUUAACAAUAAAAGGUUAAAAGUUGA